AUGGGAGAGACAUCUUAUGUCAUUGGCAUUAAAAUCCAUAAAGAUAGAAAUCGAGGCAUUCUGGGUUUGUCUCAAGAAGCCUAUAUCAAGAAAGUUCUAGAAAGAUUUAAUAUGAAAGAUUGUUCACCGAGUGUAGCUCCCAUUGUGAAGGGUGACAGACUCGAUUUGAGUCAGUGUUCGAAAAAUAACUUUGAAAAGGAACACAUGAGGGAUAUCCCUUAUGCUUCAGCAGUCGGAAGUCUUAUGUAUGCUCAAGUUUGCACUAGGCCUGACAUAGCAUAUGUUGUUGGAAUAUUAGGGAGAUAUCAGAGUAAUCCAGGUGUUGACCACUGGAAAGUUGCAAAGAAAGUAAUGAGGUACGUUCAAGGUAUGAAGGAUUUCAUGCUCAUGUAUAGACAAACUGAUGUCUUGGAAGUGCUUGGCUACUCUGAUUCGGACUACGCUGGCUGCAUUGACACUCGGGAAUCCACAUCGGGUUAUUUGUUCAUGUUGGCUGGUGGAGCUAUCUCUUAG